AUGGGCAAACCCCUCCCCACAUUCCCACCCUCCCCGCCGCACUGCCCGACGCACACGCACCACACAAACCACCAUCUCGCCUGCACGCUCCACGCCCUGCAUCGCACCGCCACCUCGUUUAGACGGACCGCGCAGAGGGUUCCCAGGGCUGUCAGUAGCGGGGUGCCGAUUGUCGGGUUUGGGCGUGAUGUCAUGAGUGACCGACCCCGGAGCGGGGAUGCGAAUGUGGAUGUGACUGUGGGAGGAGAUAUGGAUAGGGAGGUCGCUGGGAAUGAAGAGAGGGAUCGGAACGAUGCGAGGGGGCUGAUUAGAGAUGUGUUUGUGAUGCCGACGUUGGCGGAUGUGGAGGCGUUGGGACCGUUGGAGGUUGUUUGGCCGGGGUUGAUUGCGACUUGUCCGUGGAUUCCUGAGGAUGUGCAGAGGGCGGUUGAGGAGAGGUUGGGGACUGGGGGUGGUGGUGGUGGUGGUGGGACUGGGGAGGCGGCUGGGAUUAGUGUUGUGGAACCGAGCGCUGUGGUUGUGGCGGCGAGUGCCGGUGAAGGAAGUGGGACACAGGCGCAGCCGCGGGUGGUGCAGGAAGCGGCCACCGGUAGCGCUGCUGCUGAUGCCUUGGUGGCGGAGGGCGGCAGUUCUGAUGUCGAUGCCACACCAACCACACCUCAACGCCCGUCACUGGACGCUACACAUUUCAUGGAGGCUUUCGCGGCUUUCACUCGAGACAGGCGGAGGGAGCGUAGGGAGAGGCAGACUGAUGCAGAGAGCGGUGGUGGCGAAGAGCAGCGACCGGACAAUGCGCAAGCUACGACCAACGAGGAAAGUCCCAGACGAAGGCGGGCCGUCGGCGUCGGUGCAAAUCCCGUUGUCCCCGAUCCUCCAACCGAAGGCACCAUACCCUCGGCGCCACCGCUUAUAAGUAUAACAACCACCGCCUCCCCAACCCCGGACUCAAACACAACCCCAACAGCCGUCAGCCCACCCUCCAGCCCCCCGGACCACCCCCCACCAACCCUAUUCUACUCCCCCGCAUCGCGCACCUACCGCCUCGAUCCAACCGACGCGCCUCCCAUCCUCGCUAGAGACGAGGAGCCGAUGGACGACAGUUCAAGCGCCACGGAUAGCAGUGAAGAGUCAGACGAAGAUGAAUUGGAAGAUGAUGACCACCACGUCAGCGUGCACAUGAUACCGAUGGCACCCGACUCGCCGGCCUCGGCGGUACGCGAGUUUGAACGGUUGUUACGUACGGAGGUAUCAGCCAACCAUGACUCUGAGUCCGCGUCUUCUUCGUCAUCCGACGAUGAUGAUGACGGUCAUUUCGAGAGUGAGAUAGCGGGCGGGAUCCCUGACCCCAAUUUCUUUGCGUUCCGACGACCGGCGGCUACAACCGUGACGGUGGAGGGGAGUGGAGAAGCACCGAUCGUGCCCACCGAGUCGCCGCGGUACAGCCCGACCUCGCCAAACUAUCACGCAGCCCUCGAUCUCGCGGGAGGAAACAUGGCCAUCCGUCUUCGCCGCAACAACCCCGACAAUAAUGACAACAGUGAAGAAGACGAUGAUGAGGAUUAUGAGAACAUUGCCGCGGCGGCUUACAACCUUGCGAGGCGGAGGAGGCAGAGGGAGACGGAGAGGGAGAGGGAGAAUAGGGCGAGGGAGACAAGGAGGUGGGGGUUGAGCAGGUUGCCGCGGGGGUAUACGGGCAGGGAGGGGGGGGAUGGGACGGGGCCGGGGCAAAGCGCGAGUAGGAGUGUACUAGCGAGUGCAGUUGCGAGUGGAAGUGGAAGUGGAAGCACCGAACAGCCCUUGACCGAAGUCAAACGAGCUAUGGAAGAUCUCGCCGACAUAUUCCACACCGUCUCCCAAACCUUCCGCCUCGGCGCCCACUCCCUGUCCCGCCCCACACAGCGCCAACGCCUCGUCGGCGCCACCACGCUCGCGUACCUUGCAAGAGGGAUGAACGAUGCCGUGAGGGAGUGUGAGGUGCAGUGUGAGCAUGUGGGAAGAUAUAUGGAACGCAUCGCACCCGCCGCUACACACCGAUACCAUUUUCGUGACAGUCAAGAUGAACAAGAACACGAUGGGGAUGUGUACUCGUAUGAUUCGUCGUCGUCGUCGUCUGAGGAGAGCUGGGAGGAAGAUGGGGAUCGGGUGGUUGUGGGUGAUGGGGAGCCUGAGUGA